AUAACUUUCAGGAUUUUGCAUUGUUUGAUUUCGAAUGCAACAGUCACAAAAUAUAUAGCAAUGUUAUUAUCAAAAAGCCAGUAAGCAUGACGUCGAGAUUUCAUCUGAAAGCAGAGUCUGGCAUCAUAACAACAUUGCGCGGAACGAUGUAUGAAAACAAACUUGUUGUUCUUCUUGGCACAUCCACAGGAAACAUAAUACAGACAGUAAUGCUACAAAAUCUUUCGAUGGUAGAAAACAGUAAAGAGGCAGUUGACGCCGGCUACGAUAUAAGAAAGAUAUACACGGAAGGUGACAAGACGGUCUACGUAAUGAGUAGUAACAGAGUAAUGAAGUAUCCGACGACAAAUUGUUCUGAAUUUAGAUCAUGUGCCGACAUUGUGCAAAGGAAAAAUCCACUCUGUGGCUGGUGUGUUUAUAAAGAAAGGGCUACGCGACGAACUGAUUGUUCUGGGGAUUCUCGUCACUGGGUGUCACCAUUUGAAGAAUGUUUGUCAAUGUCGAUGGAACCGUCAGAACUGCCAGUCUCUAUUACAUCUCAGUCAUCAAAUCUUAGUGUCACCAUACGGAUAGAGAAUAUCCCUAUGAAACGUAUAGGCGAUACAUAUCAUUGCAGAUUCGUAGUACAUUCAGAUAUAGAAAAUACUAGCGCACUGGAACUUAAAGAUAGUCGAUUUGCCUGUAUGUUGCCGAAUGUUUCAGUUCCUGCAAACGUUGACGUCGAGCUACUUGUAAGGACAAAAUCGGGAACCACGGCUAUUCUUGCAACCAAACCCCUGCUAAUUUAUGACUGUAGUCACUACAAAAGGUGCUUGGAAUGCACGCAUACUGGAACGGCAAUUUGCAACUGGUGUGCAGGAAAUGCAACUUGCCAGGAACCUAACUCUCUAUGCGUGGACCCAAUUUCAGAAGAAGAAAAUUGUCCAAAGUUACUUGCCAACAAAGGGAAUUUCCUACCUGUGGGGAUCAGAACAACUGUACUUUUGCGGCUGGUCAACGCUAUUCUUAUUCCGAAUGUUACCUACAGAUGUUUGCUACCGGAGACAUUUAUUAGUGUUGUAGCCAUUCUUAAUGGCGAUACUGUUUCUUGCCCUUUGCAAGUGAUGGAGAUAAAUAUAACGAAAAAGCACUUCAAGAUUGUUGUCACAUACGGACCACGAAGCGAUCAGUUAGCCGAGGUCGACGACAUCUUUCAAAACUCGGUGACGGUGUAUAGUUGUCCGCAGCUGGCUUCAACGUGUAGUCAAUGCCAUGCGUUAAACAAAUCACGUUAUAGUUGCUGUUGGGGCGGCACCCAUCAAUGCGUUCAUUCCGGUAAACCCUGCAGAUUACAAUGUCCAGCACCAGAUAUCACAAAGAUAACACCAAGUAAUGGUCCAAUACAAGGUGGUACUCAUGUAAGCAUAUAUGGGACAGACUUGGGAAAGUCUGUGUCAGAAGUUGAAGCCAUAACAGUCGCUGGAGUUCCUUGUGACCUCAUCGCAGAUACAGAUUUUUAUCAGAUGCACCGCGGUCUAGAUUUUGAAACACCAGUACCGUCUUGGUUGGUAUGCAUAACAAGAAAAGCUGCAGAGGAAGUGACGGGAGCGGUUCUUGUGAACGUUGAUGGUCAGAGUUCUGAAACAAGCCUGGAAUUUUCAUACAAAAUACCAAGAGUUACUGCCAUGUAUCCAACGUUCGGACCAAAAGCUGGCGGCACAACAGUAACUAUAUAUGGAAACAACCUGAGAGUUGGGAACAGGAAUGUAUCUGUACUUCUCGGAAAUCAGCCUUGCCAGCAGUCAAAGGUUUAUCCAGAAGAAGUAACGGAUGCCGUUAAUCACACCGUCCAGUGCACUAUCGAGUGUAUAUUACCUGGCGCUUGUACUUCAAAUAUCACAGAACUAUCUUUAUCUAUUGAUGAACGAGAGGUGGUCAGAAGCAAUAAACUUUGGUACAACUUUGUAAGUGAUCCAAUUGUAAACAAAAUAUCGCCGAAGACAACAUUUUUCAGUGGUGGUACAAAACUCACAGUAGACGGAAAACAUUUAAGCCAUGCCCAUUCUUCAUUUAUAAAGCUGUUAUAUGAAGAAGAACACAGAGUAGAAAAAUGUGACAUUGUGUCUGCCGAACAAAGCUUGUGUAAACUACCGGAAGCUCCACAAGGUCUCAAAGAUGAAUUCGCAAAUUAUUUCCCGACUGACAGAACGAAAACCAAUGCAUGUAAUACCAGCAUAGAUGUUACUCUGGAACUAAAUUUUGACGCUGUAUGCCAAAAUGUUACGAUAGCCUAUUUCCAGGAUCCGUUGAUUCACGACUUACCGGGAGAUUGUAAUAUCAUAACAUUUGAUCCCAAAGCACCCUGGGUCGAAGUCACGGUUGAAUGCUUGAACGUUGUCCCAGCAGACUCGGACAUUACUAUCACAGUCGGCACAGAAACAUGCACAAUAAUAAAUGUGACAACAACGUCAAUCGUGUGUAUAGCUCCAGCAACAAAACCGCAGACUGUUAAAUUAGGGAUGAACCACCCACGAGUAAAAGUAACUAUUGGUAACAUUCGUAAGACAGUAGGAUAUUUACGUUAUAAGGAUCAUGAUGAUGACAAUGAAAUUGUCACAGUGGUACAAAUUAGUGCCGUUACAGACAAUUCAACUUAUAGGCAAAGUGGAAUAUAUACUGAAAUUAAUGAUGCCGCAAUUCUUGACUUUAGUGACGGUCAGGCGGGAGAUGGUAAAUACAACAAAGGAAAUGGCUAUCUUGUUCCUAAUCCAUAUUUUGAACUGUACACGGGAAAUGCUACAAAGCAGAGCAUCGCAAAAGAAGCUACGACUAAUGUUUCAAAAGUAACUAUUAGAAACUCUCUAAAUUCAGGUCCUACUUAUCUCCAUCCUGUUUACGAUUUCAACAAGAGUGAAGGUAAGCUUCUGCAAACAGUAACAGGAUCAGUCGCUACUAAUACUGAAGAAGAGAUUAACAAACAUCACUAA